AGCGGAGGCGGAGGUGGAGGAGGAGGAGGAGGUGGGGGCGGACAGGGACCCGGGAGCGAGGCGGCUGGCAAGUGGCAGCUCAGGGGUCUGGGAGGUGUGGAGUUGUCUCCCCCCGCCAUCCUCGCCCCCUUCACCACUCUGCUCCAACCCAGCUUGCAAGCGCAUACAGCGGCCAUGGAGGCGCACCGGGCCGGCCUCGCAUCCGCACACACGCGGCAACUGUCGUCGUACAACACCGGUAACAACACCGGCAACAAUAACUACAGUAAAGUAGAGUACGGCAAUCUUACAACAAGAGAAUAUUACAGCCCCAGCGGUUGCGGUGGCCGCGCCACAAACGCUGGUGACGAAUUACCACCGCAAGUUGAAGCAUGUAGCGGCUCAGGCGGCGGUGGUGGAAGCGGCGGAGGCGGAGGCGGCAAUAUCGCAGGAGGGGGAGGUUCAGCCACCGCAGAUGGAACGAUUGUCGGGGGGAACAGCAGCAGCGGUGCAGGCGGCAGUGCGGGGUUGCAAGGGGACGGGCGCGGAACUACUGGCAGCGGCAGCGGCGGCGGCGGGGGUCUUAUGUCGCCGUACACUUCUGCUAGCUUGACGGUUGGCGCAUGCGUGUGCGUGGCCGACAUCAUACGUCAGGUUGAGGUGCACUGCUGCGAGCGCGGUCGCGCACUUGCCUCCGCCUGGAACACCUUUGUGGCCGCGCACCAGGAGAGCGUGGAGGCGCUGAGGAGGCGGGCGGCGGGGCUGACCCGGGAGCUGGCGCAGCUGCAAUCCCGGCUGGCUGAGCGGCGCGACUUUGCCCGCGAGAUGGAGAUGCUGGAGUUCCUGAAGCGCGAGAACGCGCGGUUCAAGAGCCGCGAGGCGGACCUGCUAGCCAAGGGGCUGCUGGUGAUGCAGGCUGCCCCCGGCGCCCGCGACGGCAGCCGGCUGGUGGUGAAGGCGGGCGGGGCGCUGGGGGAGGCGCUGGAGUGGGAGCUCACCAGCCGCAUAGCGCGACUGAGGUGGCGGCAUGCGAUGCAGGCGCUGGGGACAAAGACGAAAAAAGUUGCCUUCCAGUCAGGUGUGGCCCUGCAGCCGCCGCCGCCCGCCUCCCCCCGCCUGCUCGCCGGGGGCCCGGAAGCCGAGUCCCUGGCGGCCAAGGUGGCCCUGUUGCAGCGCCUCACCCUAGCCGUGGAGCGGGCGGAGCGGCGGCGGGAGACCGCAGCC